AUGUUGACCGCCCCGAGCAUUGCGCGCUGCGUCGCGACAGCGCUGCUAGGCACGCUGUUGUGGACUGCGCUCGCAAGAAAUGUCUUAGACCUGUCCACACAGGCUUGGACACUAUCCAAUGACGGCCUGAACAUCUCUGUCCGUGGCCGUGUGCCUUCUCAUGUCCAUUUGGAUCUCUUCGAGGCUCGCGUGAUUGGAGACCCAUAUUACGCCCUCAACGACUUCAAUCUCCGCUGGAUUGCUUGGAACAGCUGGAACUACUCGGCAGCCAUUAAUGGACUCACCAUCCUCCUUUUCAAUGGCCUCGACACCUUCGCCAACAUUUCUUUCUGUGGCGAAUACGUGGCGUACACCAACAACCAGUUCCGCCAGUACGUCCUCAACGUCACCGACAUCCUGGCCAACUGCAACGCGUCUCAGCCCGAGCUGCGCAUCUUGUUCGAGAGCGUGCCCGUCGUAGCCAACAGCAUCGCCGCGCAGCCAGGCCAGGAGACUUGGCCGGAGUCGGUCGAGAUACUAUUCGAGUUCGCCAACCGGCAGUUCGUGCGAAAGGAGCAGUCCGACUUCGGCUGGGACUGGGGGCCGGCUUUUGUGCCCACGGGGAUAUGGCAGAAGGCUUGGAUUGUGCAGCUGGAGCCGGGCGAGAUCUACGUCCGCAACUCGCUGCUCGAUAUAUACCGCGAGAACCAGUUGCCGAAUCUUCCGCCCGACCAGAACGGCAAUUGGGUCCUGAACGCCAGUGUCGAUGUCGUUGGAGCGUUGCCGACCGGAUCAAGCCUGUCGUAUAGCAUUACAGACCGCCAGACUGAGCAGUUGGUCACCUCCGGUGUGUUCGGCAAUAUCAGCAAUGGUGGCAAUGUCAUAACGGGGACAACAGAGCUUGAUAAGGCGCUGUUCAAGCUGUGGUGGCCGUCCGGGCUUGGCGAGCAGAACCUUUACAACGUCACGCUCCGUGUUGCUUCGCCUCAAAACACGACGCUGGCUGUGGUGACCAAAACCACCGGUUUCAGGACCAUCGUGCUCAACAUGGGCGAGAUUACAGAUGAGCAGCUAGCUCAGGGGAUCGCUCCAGGCAACAAUUGGCAUUUCGAAAUCAACGGCUACCCCUUUUUCGCCAAGGGUAGCAACUUCAUUCCACCGGACGCCUUCUGGCCGCGAGUGACGCCACAGCGCAUCCGGCAGCUUUUCGAGGCUGUGGUCGCCGGAAACCAAAAUAUGCUCCGCGUGUGGGCAAGCGGAGCUUAUUCGCCGGACUUCAUGUAUGACAUCGCCGACGAGCUGGGCAUCUUGCUGUGGAGCGAAUUCGAGUUCGGCGAUGCCUUGUACCCCGUGGAUGCCGACUUCCUGGAGAACGCAAGGCUCGAGGCCCACUAUCAGGUUCGCCGUAUCAACCAUCACCCAUCGCUGGCUGUCUGGGCUGGUGGCAACGAGUUUGAGAAUCUCGAGCUCUACCUGGUAAAUGCGAGUGCACCGGACGACUACGGCAGGUACAAAGACGAGUACGAGACACUGUUCCUCAAUACGCUCCUCCCGGCCGUCUACGAGAACAGCCGUAGCAUCACGUACAUGCCGAGCAGCACCAACAACGGCUACCUGUCGCUAAACUUCAGCAAGGCGAUCCCCAUCGACGAGCGCUACAGCAUGGUGGAGGACGGGUCCUUCUACGGCGACACAGACUACUACAACUACGCGUCGGAGUACGCCUUCGACAUCAACUCGUACCCGGUCGGGCGCUUUGCCAACGAGUUCGGCUUCCACAGCAUGCCGAGCGUGGCCUCAUGGCGUAGAGUGGUCCCAGACGACGAGCUCUGGUUCAACAGCACGACCGUGAUGCUUCGCAACCAUCACCCGCCCGCUCAAGGGCUCAGCGUCAACAACACCCAGAACGCGUCCAUCGGACAGGCCGAGAUGACCAUGGCGGUGCAGCGCUACUACCCAGCCCCGAACAAGACCGACCCGAUCGCCAACUUCUCCUCCUGGGCGUGGUCGACACAGGUGUUCCAGGCAGACUUCUACAAGAGUCAGAUCCAGUUCUACCGCGCCUCGAGCGGGUUCCCCAGCCGCCAGCUCGGCUGUCUGUAUUGGCAGCUCGAAGACAUCUGGCAAGCGCCCACAUGGGCCGGCAUCGAGUACGAGGGCCGCUGGAAGGUGCUGCACAACGUGGCCAAGGACAUCUACCAGCCGGUGAUCCUGGCGCCGCUGUGGAACGCCACCAGCGGCCUGCUGCAGCUCUAUGCCGUCAGUGACCUGUGGACGCCGGCCAACGGCACCGUCACGGUCGAGUGGAUCGACUGGGCCGGCAGGACCCUGCCCGUUCCCGCGGUUGGCAUCGUCGGCAACAGCACCCCCGGCACCACCGGCCCGGCCCUGGCGCCGCGGCAAACACUCCCCCUCAACGCAAGCGCGGCCCUCCUAGUCGCGACGCUCACAGCAACCGGCACGCCGCCAAACCCGCCCGCAACCCGCACCGCCGCCGGGCCCAGCACGUACACGCACGCCAACUACUGGACGCCGGUGCCGCUCGCGCAGGCGGCGCUGGUCGACCCGGGCCUGGCGGUGUCGUACGACGCGGCGGGCGACGCGUUCGUGGUGACGGCGGCGCGGGGCACGAGCGUGUGGACGUGGCUUGCGGCCGGGCCGGAGGACGAGGACGCCGUGGUGGUGAAUUUCGAGGAGAACGGGUUCUUGCUGCGCAGGGGGGAGGUCAAGCGCGUUGGGUAUACCGUUGUCAGUGGCGGGAGGGAGGGGUGGAGGGGCAGGGUGGUGGGGAGGAGUUUGUGGGAGAAUUUGUUGCCUUGA